AUGUCAUCACGAAAUACAACUCCUGCACCUCAACCCACUGACCUUCCCGAUGGCGAACAUAUAAAAAAGGAGUUCCUGAAUGAUUCCCUUAGUCUAUCCAAUGGUUUUAAGGAGGGUGGUUAUAUAUCUAGUCAGCUUCCCCAUUUUCAACCAGAUAAUUUUGAGUCGAUAAAAUCGUGCAUACAUUUGGACCAAGUGUUGGAUUCGCGGGCCAAAGACACAGUUUUUGAUACAUAUCGACAGGCAGUCAUGGUAUCUCAGCCCAUAGAUGAAACAUUUCUAUACAAGUCCAAAAAGGAUGGCACUGUGAUUAGUCAUGAUCAAAUUCUAGGCAAAAUGUUAUCGGGACUAAGAUGUACCGAUUGUGAGGUUUCCGAUUUUUGUCAAGUUAUGAUAUGUCUACAAUGCCCUCAUGUUGGGUGUCAAGAACACUCACAGUUGCACUACAAAGGAACUUUGCAUAUGUUUGCCAUUGACCUGAAUUUAAGUUUGUUGUAUUGUUUUAAAUGCAAUGAGUAUAUCAAUCACCCUGAGCUAGAGAAGUUGAGAUUGGAAGUAAUGCACAUUGCUGACAUUGUUACUGACGAUGAAGAAGGUAACAUUGCUAACUACACAAGCCCGAACAAACUUGCUGCCAAGGGACUUAAAGGAUUUGUCAAUUUAGGUGCUACUUGCUUCAUGAGCUCAACAUUGCAAACUUUUGUGCAUAACCCAAUCAUCAAAAGCCAAUUCUUUAACAACGAUCUACACUACUUUAAUUGCAAUUAUCUUCAUGAUCAGAAUGUUAAUGGUAACAUUGGAGAGCAAAAUGCUUGCAUCACUUGCAGCAUUGAUUUGAUUUUCAAAGAGGUCUUUUCACUGAAAACUAACGAAGGUUUGGGUAUCACGAAUUUACUUACUACUGCUUGGUACAAGCAAAAAUCAUUGGCUGGCUUUCAAGAGCAAGAUGCUCAUGAGUUUUGGCAAUUUGUAUUGAAUGAAUUUCAUCAGGAUCACCACAGAAUCCGAACACAAUUGGGCGACGUACCCAAAGAGGAGACAUGUACAUGUAUCACUCAUUCAACAUUUUCAUUUGAACUACAAAGCUGCGUCAAGUGCAAAUCAUGCGAAGCAGUCACCGAAACAGUUGAUCCCAUGAUUGACUUAUCUUUGGAAAUUAACCACUUGAAAAAGCAACAAAAUGUCGACCUAUACGACUGUUUGGAUUUGUUCACACAGGAAGAAAAACUAGAUGCCAUGAUAUCCUGCAAACAAUGUUCCACGCAAUCGCGAGCUACAAAAACUUUGAAAUUGAAGAGCAUUCCUCCAGUGUUGUCAAUUCAGUUGAAAAGAUUCAACCACAACAUAAUGAAUGAUACGUCAUCGAAGGUGGAAACACCAGUUAAAGUACCACUUUAUUUGAACAUUGCUCCUUAUUGUGUCGAUCCAAACUCAACAAAGGACUUAGUGUAUGAGCUAUUUUCAGUCAUCUGUCAUAUCGGUUCGGUAAACACUGGUCAUUAUGUUGUAUAUACCAAAACCCCUCAAAACCAAUGGCUCAAAUUUGAUGACAGUGUUGUUUCCAUUGCUGAACAGAAAGACGUGGUCAACUCUAAUGCAUAUUUAUUAUAUUAUAUAAUUCACCAUGUAUAA